GCGCGUGGUCGCGUUUUUUACCACUUGCCGCCGCCCGUUACCGCGGUUACGGUUUGUUGUCGCGGCCGCCGCCGCGCCGCCACAAGAGUCCGUGAGACGCGUUAACGUUGAAUAAUAAUAUUAUUUUAUUAAAAUAAUAUUAUCAUGUGCGAAAAGUUGUUUUUAGUUUUCCCAGUGACGAUAAAAAUAAUAGACUGACCAUUAUCUGCAAGUCGGAUAAAAAAUAAAAAUGUUUUGACGGUUCGUGGUUAUGGGCAACAACGUAUUGCGGUUUAAAUGCCUUGACUGUGCAAACGCAGACCAACGACAACGCAGGUAACGUAAUAAAUAAUAAUACAUAAUGAUAACGCAAUACAAAAAUUGAUUAGUAAUCGGGUUUUGUGCGCGGUUCAAUGACGUGUUGAAGCCAAACGUGUGACAAAUUAAAGCUUAUUUUUUUUUUUUUCAUUACCCAAAUUUAACUUUGAAUGUCACUUCUACGAUAUACUGACAUUCGAUUUUGAAUGUAGAUUGUACAGCUAAAUGCUAAAGAGUUUAUAAAUAAAUUAAUUACAUUUAGAGAUCAAUUCGAUAAAAUACAAGUAGCUCUCCGAACAUUCAAAUGUAAGAAUACGACACAUUAGUUCCUCUAUUUUGUUUAUUUAUCUGAUAAUUACGUAAUUAACACGUUUUGGUGGAAAACGCGACUUUGAAUAUUAUAAAUAUAGUGUGACCGUAAUAAAUAUUUUCUUGACUAAAAAAGGGACAAUUCCUAAAACGUGUUGAAAAAUAUUAUCAAUAUAUAUAAGAUAAAAUGUUCAAACUCUCGAAAUAAUUUUAGGUUAUAAAAUUAUGUUAAAUUAAUUAUAAUACCUAUCAAAAAACCAUCUGAACUUUUAUUUAUCAUAAUGGGAAUAAAAUACCCGACCUAUUUGUCAUAUAAAUACUACAUACAUGAAUUAUGAUUAUUGACAUUGUAAUCAACCACAUAAUUAUAAAGUAUAUCAUUUUGUAUGUCAAAAACAAACUAUACGGGUAAUAUUUAAUACAAAUUUUCUUGAAAUUAGGACAAAUCGGAAUCAUACAUAAUACUUAAGACACAGUUUUAAAAAAUGAUACGAACGACCUCUAAUAUGAGGAUAUGGGACGAUCACUCACACUGAUAGUAUAACAAUUAUAUAUUCUAAAUGCUUAACUUUUAAAAAAAAUGUAAAAUUAUUAUAUAUUUAUAAUACAUAUAUGAACUUAAAAUUGUAUACUUAUACUUCCUGAGUCUUUUGUGUAAGUUAUAUGUAUUCUGCAUAAUUAACAAAAUACUACGAGUCAUCACCAUAGUCAAUACUAUAAUAUCAUCAUUGUAUGCAUCAGCGAAGAAAAAAAUUACCAUAAUCACAUUGUCAUUUAUUUAACUUUAAGUUAUCCACUAACUUAAUUUCGUAUUUCACAGUGUUUUAUUAGUAAUUUAUUUAUUUUCUAUAAUGUUAAAUGAAACGAAUAUAAAUUUGGGGGAGUUUUGAUAAGGUUUCCUGGUAAUGAAAUAAAUGCAAAUAAUGCUUUUUAAUUCAAUUAUUUUUAAAUGCUGAUGAAAAUUUUAUUCGUAUAAUACAAUGACUUCCAAAAAGAUUGUUUAGAUUAAGAACGGAACAAAGAAACUAUAUUAUUUUAUAUAUUUUUUAAUUUUUAAAUCUGCACUUUUUUUGAACAGAAAUGCUCAAACCUUUUUGAACUUACUUAUAAUUCUAUAGAAAAAUUAAUCUACGCUGUACUUAAGAUCUAAAAAAUAUUAUAUUUAAUAUAUUUUUGUUUGAUAAAAUUGUUUAUUUUAAAAUGAAAAAUUAUGCAAACAUUCAAAUUCUAAUUUAAUAGCUAGGUAAACCUAAAUUAUAAAAUACUGGUUUACCUCUAAACUACCCAGUAGUCCACAUUCUUUUUUAUCAUAAAGUUUUAAAAAUUAUAUUAUAAAUUAACAUAACCUAAUACCGACUAGGAAAAUCCUGUUUAUACAUGCCUCUUUAUUAUCUCAGUUAUAAUUAUAAAUAAACAACAUUUAUACAUUUAAAAAGACGGACGUGGGUGGACCACUCUUGUGGGUGAGAAGUUGGGAAGGUAGAGGGGAAAUUUAAUAUGUAUAUAUCUGUAUGCAAAGAUUAACCAUUGCUAACAAAAAAACGAUUCUGAGCAGAGUUUGGUUGAUAGAGUUACUUUUUCAACAGUAUAAUAUAUGCGUCAUAUUAUGGUAAAGUAAUUACAUAUGCAUUACCUAUAAAUAUUUUCUUUAAAAAUAUUAGUUUAAUAUUAUAUUUAUUUUUCCGUUUUUCAUAAGUUUUUCCUGGUUUUAUCAUGUUUUUUUCCCCAUUUAUUAGAAAAAUGCAUGAUAAAAUCAAAAAAUGACUUCCUUAAAGUACCACCCUAAUCAAAUUUCCUUUCAGAAAACGUGGUAUUAUUGGAGAUCGGAGCAAAAUUGCUGGUAGAAAAAUAGAGGUCCGUCUUUUAUUUAUCCACUAAUAUUUUUUUCGCGGCUAACUUCUGCGAAAUUUGGCUGAUUUGCCAUUUCCAAAUUUUUGAUUCGACCAAAAUGUUUUACAAUAUUUGUAAGUAUUUGUAAGCGCAAAUCUACAAUUUGUAAGUCAUCCCUGAAAAGUAGCAGUAGUCAAUAGUUUUUGGUGUUCCACUAUAAUAGUCCAGACAAAUUGGACAAAAAAACGACAAAGUUCGGAACUGAAUCCCUAUAGCUGAAUUUUGGUACAAAAGUAUUUCAUGCUUUACAAAUGAACAUAUACUAAAAGUCCUGAUACCUACCAUUUGUACCAUUUUGACCAGACAAAAAUGUUUUAGAUUAUUUAAGUAUUUGUAAGCAUGAAUUUAAAAUUUUUAAGUCAUCCUAAAGUACUUAUUUAUCCCUACAAAUAAGUUGGCUGUGCUUUGUCGGGCUUCUUAAACUUUGACCCGUGGCAAAUUUUCCUUCGCAAUUUGUAAUUAUUUGUAAGUAUGAAUUUAAAAUUUUACACUCCGGUGAGUUGAUUAUAAAUUAAUUAUUGAUAGUUAAUUUUAUAUAGAUACUAACAAGUUUUACGAGAGUUUUCUUCUGACAUUGACACCAGAACAACGGAAGUGUUUAAGUUAAAUAUAAAAGUUUGUGUUUCAUAUUUUAUUAUCAUGUAUACGCAUAGUUACUAUAUUUUUUUUUCAGAAAUACGAUGAAAAAUCGCCUUUCUCUAAUAUUCUGCAUUUUUAUAAUUUGUAUCAUUUGUAUUAAUUGUAUUAUUAUUCUGUUAAUUUAACUAGUUAUAAUCCUUUAAUCAUAUUAUUAUUAAAUAAUAACAUUAAUAAUAGUAUAAUUUCAUUCUCACCUACUUCAGUGUUUUAGUUUUACACAAUAAAUUAAAAUUUUCAUGGUUUUCAACUUUCAAAAUAGGCAUAGUCUUGUAUGUAUACAAUAUGUUAAAUGUUAAAAUUAUCAACGAAUAAAAAGUUUGCAAGUGGGUACCGCUAGGCUGUGUAUAGUGUAGAAUUGGAGGUUACUGUAAUGGGAUAAUUAAAUGAAAUUAAUUUAAAUUCAAUAAUAUAUCAUUGUUUUAAAUAUUAUAAUUAUAUUAAUGGUAGACAAAUGAAAAUGAAAAUAAAAUUUGUCUCUAACUUCUUUUAUUUUCACUUUUUAAAAUUUUAGCCUUGUAUUGAUAUUGAACCUAAACUAAUUGCACUAUACAAAUAUUACAAAUAAGUUUAUUCUAUGGUAUAAAUUGUAUGAUUUUUAAUUUUGGUCAUAGGUAUUUUUAUUGUUACUUUAACAAUUGACGAGUUAUAAUCAAAACCAGUGAAAUGAGCACAUGUCAAUUUUAAAAGAGCUAGAUGCCAUACUUUUAGUAUGAUUAUAAGUGAAGUAUAAACUACUUCUGCACCAAAAUUCAGCUAUCGGGGAAUUAGUUCCAAACUUUAUCGUUUUUUGUCCAAUUUAACUGGACUAUUAUUGUGGAACAACAAACAUUAUUGACCACUACUACUUUUCAAUGAUAACUCAACAAGGGAUGACUUACAAAUUGUGCAAAAUAUUUUGGCUGAGUCAAAAAUUUGGAAAUGGCAAAACGGCCAAGUUUCACGGAAGUUAGCCACAAAAUAAAUAUUAGUGGAUAAUUAAAAACAACUGGACUAACAAAUUUCAAAUUUUUGCUUAUAAAUGACUUACACAUUUUUGGGAAAACUUGGUUUGAUAAUAUUGAUAUUGUGUAGCCUAACUUCACGGACCUGAAAAGUUGUCCAUCACAGAAAAAAAAAUGAACAUUAAACAUCAUUGUAAAACCAAUAUAUUCCUCGUGCCACUCAAAAUCUAAAAUUACUGCACCCUUUACAGAUUAUCAACUAGCUAAUAAAUAUAAAUACCUAUGUUACAAUAGAUUUAGGCACUAGAUUUAGGAACUUGUAAAUAAAAACGUUCAAGAUAUACAGAACUAUAUAUUAUAAUACCUAACUAAAUCUUAAAGUACUUGAAUGACCUUACAUAAGCUUAACUAAUAAUGAACUUACAUUGAAUAGAAGUAUUAAUUUUAUAUUAUUAUUUAUAUUUGACGAGUAGUUUAAAAUUAUACAGAGGACCAAAUAUUCUACAGUAAAAAUUGUGUGGAUGAAACCUCCAUAUAUACCCUUUUUUCCUCUUCCCGUGGAAUUACCUGAAGACGGUUAGUCAGGUAUAUACGUAUAUGUGUAUGUAUAAAAAAAAUACACAAAAGGUUUUAUUAUGUUGAUAUUUAAUAAAAUUAUAUUUUUAAUUAUAACAUUUUCUGUCAUGAUACACUAUAGAAAAAUUACUCUGCUUUUGGUUGGUUUGGACAACGCUGGAAAGACUUGUACCGUUAAAAGUAUUAUGAAAGGUAAAAUGGCACUAGUAUUUAUAUGAUAGAUAUACAAUAAUUAUUUUGUAUACAUUGAAAUUAUAUUAUUUUAGAAAAACAAAAAAAUAUUCUUCCGACUGUUGGAUUUUCGUCUUCCAAAUUUAAUUACCGCGAAAAUGCUAUAACCAUUUAUGAUUUAGGUGGCCACAAACAAAUCCGAGAUAUAUGGAAACAAUAUUUUGCUGACGUAAUAUAACAUAUACUAUACUAGUUAACCAAAAAAAUGUGAUAAUAUGAAUAUUACUUUAGGUACAUGGUGUAAUAUUUGUGGUGGAUUCAACAGAUCAUCGUCGAUUAGAUGAAUGUAAAGAGGUUUUCGAAAAUUUAUUAGGAAAUGAAAAUAUUGCCGGAAAACCAGUACUUUUGUAAGACUAAGUAGUUCAAUUUGUUUUGUUUUUGUUUAAUCGAUAAUUUUAUUUUCUUAGAUUUGCUAAUAAACAAGACAAACAAGGGGCACUAGAUGAGUUGGACAUUGUUGAUCGACUAAACGUGGAAGCUGUUGUAAAUACAAAUAAGUGUCCAACGCUUGUUGAAACAUGUACGGCUCUCCAUAUGGCACCUAUUAACUAUUGUAGUUCUGCUUUUAUUGAUCCAAGCAUUGAUAGUGGAUUUAAGUAAGAUGUUAUUAUUGAAAUUAAUACAUAUAUAGGUAACUGCCGUUUAAAUAAUUACCUAUUAUAGAUACUGGAAAAUACAAAAAUCCUAAUAAUGUUAAUUCAUAUUUAAGUUAAAAUAUUUCGAUGAAAUAAUGUUAGAUAUUCAUUUAUAAUACUAUUAUCUUUAAGAGUAAAAUAAAAUAAUCGCUAUUUAUAUUAAAAUAACAUUAAAACAACCUGCUAUACCUAUACUCUAUACUUAAGUAAAGUUCUAGAUACUUUAUAAUAUCACUUAAAAAUCACUAGUACUAUAAUAUAAUAUAAUAAUAAUAUAAAAGAUAGUCACUGUAUUGAUGUAAUUGUGAUUAUUUUGUUUCAUAUGAAAAUUCUACUAUGACCUCUUGAUAUUUUUGAAAAUAUAUCCUAAUCACAAAACUUGCUGAUGAUGUAUUAUACACAAAUGUGAUAACGUUUAGGUAUAUUUUUUGUUUUCGGUAAAUUCAAAAUUAAAAGUACAAUUAGCAUUUUUUUUUCUUUUCUUAAUUGUGGAUAAAAUACGGACAUGAUUCGCAAGAUUCCCUACUUGCCACUGUUAUAGGUGAGAAAUUGGUAAGGAAAGAUUUAGCGAGGAAUUUAAUGUAUAUCUGUAUGUAAAGAAUAAUCAUUAAUAAUCAUUAAUCAUUGAUAGUGAAAAACGAUUCUGAGACCGUAAUAUUUACGAUUCGUCAAAAUUUGAUAUUGAAAUUCUAAUAAAAAAAUAAUACUUGAUUAAACUCGUUUUUUCUUAUUGACCACUAAGUACAUCUUUUAAUGAACUUUCUGUUGAAUUCGCAUACCUUUCUGUUUGGUCUGAAAGUUUUACCCACAAAGUAUCUACCGAAUAAAAAUUUUGUAAAAAAUUGGCAAAAUUAAAAUGUUUAUAAACAGCUCAAAAAUGGCUAAAAUAUUUUCAACAUUUUACCACGUCUAGAAAGGCAAAUAAAAGUUUUCUGUCUACAAAAGAGUCUACAAAUAUUUUUAACUGAAUUACAACAAAAAAAAUUGAAAAUAAUAAAUUUUGUAAAUUUUUCCGUUUUUCCGUUCAAGUGUUACACUUGAAAAUCAGACCGAGAUUUCUGGUGGAAAUUUUGUACAUAGUAUUAAAAAAAAAUUUACAUCAAUGUAAAACCAAUACAUUCUUCGCUUCCCUCAGAAACUAAAAUAACACUAAAAAUAAAAUAAUAUAUUUUAACAUCAAAUAGUAAAUAGGUAGUUGUUUCAUAAUAAAUAUUUUAUAUUUGUACAUUACAAAGAUAUAAAUAUUAUUUAACCAUUGAGCUGAUGGCAAUAAUUUGUGUAUAGGCGUGCGCAGACUUCUGAGUCAAGUAUGGCUAUAUGGUCAAUCUGACCAAACACCCCCCCCCCCCUCACGGUCACAAGAAAAAAAAUAUAGACAUUUUCACUACAAACUUCGAAGUGACCUUUUGUUGGUGACUGAAAAAUGUAAACAAUAAUUUUUCAUUAUUUCACGCAUACAAUUCAUAUCAUAGAGCUAUCCAGAGAAUUUAUUACAUUGUAAAACCAAAAUAUUCUAUACUUUAGGUAACUUGUAGUAUAACCUUAUACUCGGGAUAUUUAUUCUUCGAAGAAAACAUAUAAUUGUAAAACCGGGCCUAAAUCGAACAAUUAAUCCUGAUAUAAUUUGAUCAAGUGCAAAAUAAAAGCAAGAAUAUUUCAUUUCAUCUUUUUUAGUUUUCUCAAAAUAUUGAUGAUUGUGGUUGUCGUUAACCUUUUUUGAUAUUUUUCGUUUGUUACAUCAGGAAUAUCAAUAUUAUUUUCAACACACAUUUUUAUAGCAUUUUUUUUUUUUUUUUUUCAUAUUCUUAACCAGACCGAUAUUGACUAAUUUUUAAAAUAAUUGUCCACUUUGUAAAUUUGUAUUGACUUUCAAUAUAACUGGAAAAUAGGUAUCAGCAUAUUUAGGGCGAAUAUAAAACUAAAAAAUUGCAUUUUAAAAAUUAAUCGAUGAGAUUUAGCGCUUAAAUCAGAGGGUCUGGUUGAAUCACAAAUUUCUUGAAGCGUCAUAACUAAAGAUGAAUAAUUAGAUUUAAUAGCGGAUAUAAACUUUGAUGCAAGUCUUUGGACAAGCCUAUCUUGUGUGAGAUAUUAAUUUUAGCGUUACAAGUUUUACAUUUAUUUGAUUAGACAUUUUUUCAAGUAUAUCAUGCCUAACGCAACUACUUUAAAUGGUAACUGGUAUAAAUACACAUAAAGAUAAAACAUAAUAUUAUUUUUAUCAUGAAUAUUAAACAUGUUUAAUAUCCACGAAUACUUAUCACAAGGGCAACUGCCAACCAGUAUAUCUUUAAUCGUGUAAAAAUCUAUGACUUUGAUUUAUUUUAUUAUCAAUUUUCUACGACUAUAAUGCCGUAUUAUUUUCUAAUUUCUAUAUAGUCUUUCAGUAAAUACUAACGUUUAAAAACUAAAAGGGAAUCCAAUCAGCCCUACCCGUGCGCACGUCUUUGAAUUUGUACUUGCUAAUCUAAUAAGUUACACGGAGAUAUCGAGUAAAGUUAAAAAGACAUAUAGGCUUAAAAAAUAAAAAUAUUGAAUAAUAAUGCAUAGAAGAAAAAGGAUAUUUGAAAAUAAGUAAAUAACUUUCAAAUCCUAAAAAAAUAAAACUCAUUCAUCUGGUAACACUAAUUAUUUAAUUCUACCAAUUCUAGUUGAGUGAACCCUUAGGAUUUUUUUUUCGAAAUGUAUACAUUUCAAUACUGAGAAACAGCAGCAUAAUCAAAGUUUGGCGGAACUGUUAAGUUCCAAAGUUAUAGCAAAUAUAAUUUUGCAGGGGUAAGUAUUGUAAUGACCUGAUGGAACUAUACGAGAAUAAUGAUUAAUAACAACUGUAAUAUUCCUUCAUUGCAUUAUGAAAGUAUAUUUUUUUUUAUUUUAAGAGAAAAAAUGUCAACUAUGAAAUUAAUUUCAGUAAAAUAGAAUUACUUACAUUAUAUUUAUAUUUCUAAUAUGUAUGCAUUAUAUAUUUAUGUAUACUGAAUACCAAAUAAUUUAUAUUAACGUAGUUGGUUGGUGUCACAAAUUGUAAAGUUAUACGACACACUCAAUCGCCGUGUCAUAGAAGAUAUGGCUCAAUAUAAAGCCGAUGUGGACAAAAGAAUGGAAGAGUGGAAGAAAAAAAAACAAACUUCGAACGAUUCAUAUUUACUUUCUUUUAAUGCGCCACACCGGAGGUCUGACAGACGCAAUCCGUUCAGACGUAUUAACAAAGUUAUAGUGAGUUUUUUUUAUUAUUAUUUCCAUCACUUGCAGUGCCAUAAGUGGCGUAUUUUCCUAGUAGAGGCUUCUUAAAUAGUUUAUUUUCUUGAGGAAGAGGGUCCAUAGUUUAUAACGGUUACAUACAUUGGAAUAUAUUGGAGGAUAUUCAAUAUGAAAUAUGUAUAUAAAUUUAAUAUUUCAAUAAUCACUUAAUUAUAUUUGUUGUUAUAAUCCAUCAAUAAUCAGUUUUUCCAUGCGAUAAGGCUUUAUUAUAAAGGUACCUAGCCUUUAUCAUACUUAAUAUUUAUAGUUAGCUAUAGCUGUAGAUAUAAAGAAUGAAGAAAAUGAAGAAUAGACGGUGUCGGCAAAGAUGCGGUCGGUACAUUUGCAGUCACGGCUUUUUUGGUGGCACUUGCAGUCAUUCGGUUCUUUUUUUUUUAUCUUGUUAUCUUUUUUUACGAUACAUUACACGGACAUCUGUGUUCGCGUGUUUUUAAAAUAAAACCUUCCUUUACACUUUUACAGGCUUGAGGCUGACAAUAAAUAUUUAUUGAAUUUUUACUGGCGUUAUUGUUUUUUAAUUUUAGUUGUCACUGAUCAGGCUUACAUGAAUGUUCAGAAAAAUUAACUAUAUCUAAACUUUCGGAUUUCGUACGAUCUUACUAAGACACAUACCUAUAUUGAAAAAUACAACUUGCGUGCAAUUGCAAUGUACAAUAACAAUACAAUAAUUACUAUCGAAUCGAUAAUUUUGUCGUAUCGUAUUGUGUACCUAAAUAAAAUAUGGAAUGUUUUAAUAUAUUCUAACCAUGUAUGAUUUCCUGUAAAAGUGAUCCUAAAAUAUGCUCUUAAAGGCAAAACAUACAUAGUUAUAUAUAUAUAUAAGCACACAUAGUAAAACCAAUACAUUUCUCGCUCCACUCCGAGUCUAAAAUAUGAAAAUAUAUGCAAACACAGAUGUCCGUGUAAUGUAUCGUAAAAAAGAUAAGAGCUAAAAAAAAAAUUGAGUCACUGCAAGUGCCACCAAAAAGGUCAUGACUGCAAAUGCGCCGACCGUAUCUAUGCCGGAAUCGAAUAAGUCAUGCCUAUAACAAUAACUCAUGGGGUCUCCUGUCAGAAAAACCUCAAAAUUACAGUAUUUCUGAUUACAACCAUUUCAGUGUUAUCGAUUUUUUAUCAAAAUAAAAAUUUAUUUUUUUUUUGUUUUUAAUAAUAUAAGUUUUAUUCAUUUCUAAAAUGUUGUAUUUUUUCCAAUUUUUUUUUUUUUUUAAUUUUAACAAUGUCAUAAGCUUCUCUUACUUCCAUUAUUGUUACUUAUCAUACUACUAUAAUAUUAUCAUUAAAAAUGAAAGAUAACGAAAAUGACCAAAUAGAUUCAUAAUGUUUCUAUAUUGUUGCUUUACCUUGUUGCUCUUUAAACUUGUGGUUUUGUGUGGAAUGUCCUAUCCUCUAUAUAUUAUUUAUGACUAUGGCACAAAAUUCUGUAUUUACGGCUCGAGAACAGUUAGGUAUCUAAUUUGAUUUUUUUUUUUUAUAAAUAUAUAUAUACUAGUAUACUGUAGUACAAGAACCCCCCCCCCCUAAUGUAUAUUUACAUAUCUAUGCAAUGCAUCUUUUUUUAGAUAUGUUUAAAAUGUUUUAAAUCUAUUUGAAAAAAUACAUUAUACAUUUGACUUUGUAUAGUUUCAUAAGAGUCUUGUAAAAAUAUAAUUUAUUGUGUCUAAUGUAACCUUUAUGCCUUUGUAUGUUACAUAAAUUUCCUGUAUUGUAGGCUAUAAUGUCAUAAACAUAAAAUGUGUAUAAGUAAAUGAGUACCCAGUAAAUGUUUCUGACAGAAAAAAUAUUAUAUCUUGAAGUUGUGAUUUGUGUGUAGUAAUUAAUUAUCUUCAUGACAUUUCAAUUACCUAUACUGGCGAAUAUUAAAUGUAUAAUUAUCAUAAGGUUAUGAUUAUUAUUUAUAUAAAAUUAUAAAAUAUAUUUUACCAUAAUAAAUUAUGAAUAACAUAAUAUAUUAAUACUAAUUGCAUUGCAAUUAAUGAAGUAUUAUUUGAUAAAAAAAGAAUAUGAAUGUAAGUUUACCUACCUAUUAACAUAAAAAAUAAUACUAAACUAAUUAUUUUGAUAAUAUAAAUAUUAAAUAAAUUAAAUUGAUACCUACCUACAGUGGCGGGUUUAACUAUUUGUCCAAUAUUGUUUAAUAUAAUAUGUGCAUGCAUACAUACAUGAACAAAAUUUAUUGAAUUAAAUACAUUUUACAUAAGACUAAAACUGAAAUAAGUGAAGUUCAGUAAUGUUUAAUGAUAACUAAUAUAUUGAGCAUGCUGUCGUCAUAAAAAUUAAAAUUAGGCAUUUUACCAGUAUAAUUUGAGGCCAACAUACAGAAUCAUAAAUUUAUUUGUCUACAGGAUAGUUUCGAAUCGAAAACAUCAAAUCCGAUUACUGAAAUGGGAAGUACAUCAUAUAUUAUACCACUUAGAAGCGAGUCUGACGAGGACUACGAUCGAGAGUCUAUACCACAACUUGCGCCAAUUAUAUUUAAAAACAAAGUGGCUCCAACAAUACCUACAGAAAUGCAGAUAGAACCAAUGCAAUCACAAAUAAAUACAUCGCGAUCGCCACUUUUUAGGGCUAAAUCUAGAGAAUAUGAUAAAAGUUUGCCCGAAACUGAAACAAUCAGCGCUAUUCCCUCAACCGAAUUAUUUAUUCAAAAUGAUCCAGGAACUGCAAAACUAAAACGAUCUAUUUUUAGAAAUAAAUCAAAUUCAGCGGGUGCCAGUAGUAAUAGUACAACAGGUCGACCGUCAAAACCCAAUCGGUCGACUAGUGCAAAAAUAUUUAAAAAAAGUAUGUAACUAGAGUUACUUUAAAUUGACGGUAUGGUAAUCGGUUAUGAUUUUCCGUAGGUUCUUUAUUUUCUGGUUCAACAGACAAGGAAGAAAAUCAUCGGAGACUUCACAAAUCAAAUCCAGAUGAUGAAAGCCUGGUUAUCCAACAACCUGAUACGACUGUCAGUCCAGAAUUAAUAAGCCAUAUGUGAUAAAAAAUAUAAUCUAUAUUUAUAAUAAUUAUUUAUAUUCUAAAAAAAAUAAAAAAUAAGGAAACGCCAAAAAAAAAAAAUACAUUUGUAUGUAUUAAUUAAUAAAUUAAUACGCUACUAAGUUCCUUGUUAUAAUCCAAUUACUUGCUAUUAUUAAUAAAUUAACACUAAUAGUUACUUACUAAAUAAGUAAUUUUAAUUAUCAUUAGUCUGACAAGUGAUGAUAAGUAUUAGGUACGUUAUUUAUUGAGUUCAUAAUCGCCCAUUAAACUAUUGACC